UGAACCAUGGCUGGCAUGAACAUCCACAAGACGUUCCUCAAGCGCGCUGUGAGCUCUCAGAAGCUCCGCGCGGUUGUGGUUGAUUACGAAGCUCUAUGCAAGUCGACGGCAGCGCCACCUACUCCUCCACCGACUCCUGUCCAGGAUGCUGCGAAACUGGGCGAGCCAUUGGCCGACGUGAAGCGAGGGUCGCUGUUGUCAAAUGUUCGAGGACUGCUCAACAGCAUGACCCAGUCCGAGACUGAACAGGGGCGACGUGUUCAAACAACGCUAGCAGGGUUGCCAUCCUUCAUGCGAGCGACGAUUCUAGGCGAAGAUGUAGACAAGAACGACAAGGAAGGUGAGGACGAUACUGGACUUCACGACAAACUCGUGGGAGAAAUUCAACGGAAAACGCCCGUGAAAUCAUCUACAAAAGGCGACGUAUUGGCAUUUGAGGACGAAAGCAGUUCUGACGGUGUCCGAGCCAAGUAUUUGGCCAAGAUGAACGCACUCAAACAGCGCGCGAAGCUCAAAUCACUUUCGAAAGACUCGCCAGCGGACGUCCUCAGCCGCCCUGAACCUGCGGCAUGCACGAACGUCGUGGCCUCUGCUGGUAACGACACGGAAGAGAAAGGCGGCAGCGCCUUGCCGAAGCGCAAAGUCAACGAACACACGAACGUGUUCUUGAGCUAUAUCAGCUUGCGCGGUCUGUCGCUUGGCGUGAUUCCGCCGACUUCACCGCAUCGACGAGAAGAGUUCCAGCAAUUCGUCGACGAGAUGGACUAUUUGGAUGCUGUCAUGGAAGCUGCCAACACGUUUCCAAUGGCCGCCCCGGUCGUCCACAUCUGCGACAAGUUGGGGGUCGCCCCCAAAGAUGCCAUCGUGAUCUCGGGCUCCCAUGCGGCAAUUUCGUCGGGCAGGGCGGCCGGUGCGUACACGUGCUUCGUGCCAAAUUCGCCAAACGAAGUCAACCACGACAGCGACUACACGAUCCCCAACCUGCGCGAGUUCAAGUACAUUGUCGAGGAGCUCAACGGCAUCUCGUGGCGCAAUUGACACAACUAGCUAGCAGCAGUGUGAAGCAAUGCAGUCCAUUGUGAAAUUGAUGGGUUGUUACUUGGAUC